AUGGCGAUCAGUUUAUACUUCAACAAGAGAAAAUCCUUGGCCACGGGAAUAACGGUUUGUGGAGCUGGAAUUGGUGCACUUGUGUUUGCUCCUCUAAGUGAAUUUCUUUUGGAGAAAUACGACUGGCGUGGGACCAUGUGGAUCAUUUCAGCAAUUUUAUCCAACGGUGUUGUUUUAUCUGCUUCCUACAGACCACUUGCAGAAACUGUUUCUAGCCAAUGUAAUACAACGGAACCUGUUAAAGCUAAAAACAAAGUUGAUCAAUGUGGCAAAUGCUCUAGCUGUCAACGACUUUAUUUGUUGUUUAAAGGCAUGUUUGAUUCGUUUGUCAAAUGUCCUACCUUGCUGCUGUUUGGGAUGUCCUGCUUUUUCGUCAUGUUAGGAUUUUUCAUUCCACUGAAUUUCCUACCUGCUUUGGCUAAUGAUGUCAACCUCUCCAGCGACAAAGGAGCAUUGCUCAUCUUAGCUUUGGGCGUGUCUACAACUGUAACGAGAGUUUUGAUUGGCUACAUCACCGACAAACCAUAUGCUAAUGCCUUAACGAUAAACUACACCAGCCUUUUGAUUGGUGGAAUAACUACGUGCUUCGUGCCAUUCUGUACGACAUUUGCCUCCCUUACGGUAUAUGCGAUCCUGUUUGGAGCAGUCAUUGGGAUCUUUGUCUGUCUGAGAAGUAUACUGAUGGCAGAGUUGUUGCAGAUACGCGGACUCAACAGUUCAUAUGGUUUUAUCGGUCUAAGCAUGGGGAUUUCUAUAUUUCUUGGACCGCCCAUAGCAGGGGCAUUGUCUGAUGUAAGUGGGAAUUACGACAUGACGUUCUACUUUGCUGGCAUCAGUAUUUGUCUAGGCGGGAUGAUUUGCCUUCCGCUCCGACGGAUUUCAGAUUGGGAGAACAAUAGAAGCGAUCGUGCAGAUCUGCACGUGAAAAAGAACGAAAAUAACCGAUCAUCUUCCGACAAUCAGUCAUCAGCUUACACAAUAUCCGAGUAAUAUAAGCCUGUAUGAUCGAUAUCAUAUAUAUAUAUAUAUAUAUAUAUGUAAUAUAUUUGGAAAACAUGAAUAGGCAACAAUAUUCUUGUUGUAUUCCAUGCUUCAAUUGUCUUUAAAGAUAUUAUUAUGAAGUCAAUAUACUUGAUACAUUUGUAUACCUCACACCCAACCAACAAAUACCUUUGAAAUACCAGACGUAACCCGAAAUGUUUAGAAUCGUUAAGCAAUAAAAAAAAGAAGAAGAAAUCUGAAUAUAAUGACUGUUUUUAUUGAACACGCUUGCAUGACGAAGGCCAAAACGUUUAAUAUGAAGCAACAAUGUCAUAAUUUAAAUACUUUUCAUAUCAGGAAAAAAUCGUCUAUCGUUUUACUUGACUUAAAAAAGCAAUGCUAUCUUUCUGAAGUCACAUUUGUGCGUGUCCGGAGAACAAUACCUACAUGUAUUUUAUUUUUUAUAAAACAUAUUUACGUAAUUUGAUAUGAAUAAGUUUCACGUUGGAAUUAAAAUAGCAUUUUAGAUGUUCUUUUCUUCUUUUUCUUGUUGUUCCAUAGUUCCACAUAAUAGUCUCAGGGUUUUGUUGCUAUCGUCAAGAUGACUAAGCUUUGAUAUUAAGGUAGAUGUGACGAGAUUUAAUGCAGCCUUACCUUUCACGAAUGUCUCGCUAAAGAGGACAAAGUGUAUUAUGAUCUGAGGACAUCUCGCUUGAGUUCCCGUCUAUAACGCGCAAUCCUACCUAGUUUAAGACUCAGCUGUGUCUUUUCAAUCUUA